CUAAAAGGAUGACUAGGAGGAUGGAGAAGAGGACAAGGAGAAAGGGUAGGAAGAUUGCGUGACUUCAAUUCACUAGGGGAAGUCGUUUUGUUCGUUUCACACAUUUGAAACGACAAUGACUUCAGGAUUACACAAAUGCACACACAACACAAAGUACAUUGUACCUGCACAUAAAUCGUAGCCAAUAUCGCUGAAAGAAAAAGCGGUCGACGGAUUAGGAAAAAGAGUAAACUCGUUGAAUAUUCAACGACAGUUCGCGGUGGUCGUGAAUGUGAAUUUCUCCGUCGUGCUUGGUCUUGCAACGACAGCAGCAGCGAGACAGACGUCCCUCGCUCCGGGCAACAGUUUUGGGGUUUUCUUCAUUUUUUUCCGCUUUUUCGUGAUUUUUGAGAAUUUUUGGUCGUUUUUCUCGACAUUUUCCAUCAGUUUUUGUCAUUUUUGGGAUUAUCGAGAUUCUCGGCAUUUACGGGAUUUAGGAUUCUUGGGUGGGCUUUCGGCAUUUUCGAGGUUUUCACCAUUUCCGGCAUUGUUUUGGGAUUUUGGGGAUUUGGGGGAUUUUCUGAUCAUUUUUCGGCAUUUUUGGGACUUUUGGCAUUUUUCGGAUUUUUGGUAUUGUCGUUUGGCCUUUUUCAUUUUUGGGGCUUUUGGCUUUUUUUUUGGAUUUUUGAUAUUGUCGUUUGGGCUUUUCGGGAGUUUUGGGGGUGUUUAGCUGUCCGAGAAUUAAUAGUUAUAAUAAUUGUAACAAAUAAAUAAUAACAAUAAUAUGGGGGUUUAUCAUGGGGAAAGAGGGGUUCAAUUAAUCCCAAAAUUCGAAUGGACUGCGUCGGAAAGCCCGGAUGGUGGAUGCUCUAGAUCAACGCUCUGGAUCGACGUUCAUCCCGUCCAUCCAUGGCUGCUCUUCUCACCUGAUGGGCAAUCGCUCCAAGUCUGGAACUACGAGCAGGGGACACGUGUCGCCUCCUGGUUGAUUAACGAGGGCUACGACAUCUUGACGGCGAAGUUCGUCGUGCAGAAAGACUGGAUUGUGGUUCGGAGCUUCAAGAGCUUCUUCGUGUACGAGAUCCUUCCCGGGUCGGGACCGGGACUGCGGUGUGUCUCCGUGAUGGAGGCGCCACGUGGCAGUUACGUCCAUCGGCUGGCCGUCCACCUCACGCUGUCGUAUCUGCUUACAUCGUUUGAGGAGGUCGUCGUUUUGUGGGACUGGGACAGGAACUGGGAGAAGAUAACGUUCGAAGGCCAUUCGAAAAUGGUAAACGUGGUGAAGUUUCACCCGAGCGAUCCGCGAAUCUUCGCCAGCGCUUCGCACGACGGCACGAUCAAGAUCUGGGACAUCUACAGACGAUGCGUUAUCCAGACCCUUGAGGAUCCCGACAUCCGGUGGAUCUACAGCCUCGAGUUCUGCGGUAAACCCCAAAAACCCUUUUUGAUUUCGUUCCACGAUUCCAUCUCGUGCAGCGGUCGGGACAGCCUCAACCUGUGGGUAUGGGAUUACCGAAGAGGGCAGCGAGUGGCGAAGCUCGAAGGGCAUAACUACACUGUAAAGACGGCGUUUUUUCAUCCGGAUCUGCCGUACAUUUUCAGCGCAUCGUACGGUGGCGAAAUCAGGAUCUGGAGCGAUCUGAACUACCAGCUGGUCUCCUCGUACGCGUGCGGAUUGGGCGAGCAUUUCGCGAGCGUCGUUGCCUGCAGGCACUCAACUGUGCUGGUAUUCGGAGGCAAAGGCAAGUUUUUGCUGCUGGAUGUAUCUCCAAGAGGAGGCGGCGCCCCCGUCGCCGCCGCCCCCGUCGCCACCGCUGGAGUACUUGGUGGAGGAGAGAAAAGGGAGCAGGAAAACCAGACGGAGGCGAGGUUUUCGCCUGUGAAACGGAUGCGAACAACUACGACUAAUGCGGCGAUGACAACGCAGCCGCCGCCGACGACUACGACCGCGCCGCCACCGCUAGCGCCAGCAACAAUGGAUGUGAUUAACGGAUCGGCGCUGGGGGUUCGUAAGCGGAUCGAGGAGUUGGAAAACAGCAGUCUUCGUGCACAUUUAGAAUUUGCUAAGAGGGUAGAACAGGAGGUGGCAGGGGUAGAAUUCCGGUGCAUGACCGCGCUCGAGGAGCUGAGAAAAGAGCAGCAGGCAAAGGAGAGAAUGCAGGCAGAGAGGGUGAAACAGUUAGAGGGAGAAGUGAAGACUAUGAAGGCGGUGAUGGCGGCGGUGGUGGAGAGGCUGGAGCACUCCAAACUGACAAUUCAAGAGCCUCCCACAGCUUGAAACAAGCUAGCAAGUCUUAAGUUAGGGGACGAAGAAAAGAGGAAGAAGGACCUCAGAAACUUCAGAGUAUUGUCAUCCAAAGCUGGGUUCAUUAGUGAAGACUCCAGCCGCCUCCGGACGCUUCUUUGAGAAAGCAGUCGCCAGAAAGGAAAACUUUAAGGGAGAAAGAUGAACGCGGGGGGGGGGGGGGGGGGGGACACAGGAAAGAAUAAGCAACCAGGGGUCAAGCAACCCUCCGACUGGGAAGUCGAAGAAAGUUGUGGAUUCAGAAUCAGCAGCAGCAGCAGCAGCAUCAGCGAAGCGCAGAAGAAUUGAACCUGCAGAUGCAAGAGCAUGGUGAAGAAUUGAACCUGCCGACAGAAGAUUCAUGAAAGCCCGCGGCACUGCAACGUGUGUUAACUCUUGUCUUGGUUAGGGAGCUCAACUUGGUUACGCUGAGAUCUGUUUGCCUCGGCGGGAACUGAUGGUCGCGGAGGGGGUUGCAAAGGGGCGUUUAGAAUCUAGAUGACUGACGUCACAGUGGGCAGAGAAUCUCAGAUAAAGAGGACUGCAGCUGACGGUCGUGGAGGGGGUUCUGAAUGGGGCGUUGGUAAUCUAGACGACUGACGUCACAGUGGGCAGAGAAUCUCAGAUAAAGAGGACUGCAGCUACUAGGAUGACGUUGGAGGAAAGAAUCCUGAAAAGCCUGUGGCGCUGCCACGUGUGUUAACCCUGCCACGUAUUCAACUUGGGAGGAAGUUGGCUAUCAUGACGGGAACUCCGCUCCACGCAUAUUUGAAGAUCAUGGCAAAAUUGGCGAAGGGUGCUGUGCUGCGAAGGGGGACCCGAUCGGAACCAAUCGAUCACGUCACAGUGUUGCAGAGAGGCAGUGGAAGAAAGAGCAGAGAACUGCAAGUGCCAGGGAUGAUGUUGGCGGGAAGAUUCAAGAAAGCCGGCCGGUGGCGUUCCCACGUCCCGUGUUAAGGUAAACCUUGUUGGGAGGGAGAUGGCUAUGGCGACUGAAGAACUGGACGGAGUUGGCUAUGGCUAGAGCUGUCUUCUUUGUGGGAGUUAUACGCUGUAACAGUUGGGGAGGGAGAUGGCUAUGGCUAUGGCUAUGGCUAUGCGGAGCCAAAGUCCGCCGGACUUACUGAGAUCUUCCCGCCAACAUCAUCCUGCGAGCGAAGGAUGACAUUGUGAAGGACAAGGUGGCGAGGGAUGGUAAUCGUUCCGGAAGGAAGUCUGGACUUUGGAUGCUAGGAUGAUGUUGGGGGGAAGAUUCAAGAAAGCGGGAGAAAGCCGGUGGCACGACAACGUUUUUUGAGGGAGCCUGUUGGGAGGGAGUUGAGUUGGCUAUGGCGAGAGCUGUCUGCUUGCUGAGAUCACGGCUUAAAUCCUGCGAAGGGAGAUGUGAAGGACGAUGUGCGAGGGAGGGCUGGUUCCCGAAGAGGUUGGACUGUCUGUGGCUGCUAGGAUUGUGUUCGAGGGAGGGGUCUGGAAAAAAACCCUGUCUGCGGCACUGCGACUUCUGCUGACCCUGUUGGGAGGGAGAGUUGGCUAUGGCGACUGGAAAACUGUCUGCUUUUUCUGACGUCAUAGCGAACGGAAGUCCGAAGGAGUGAAUCGAUUGCAUGAUGGUGUGCCAGCAAUCCCAGGAGAAGCGGGUAGUACGUGACUGAAGCUUCCAGGAUGUCUUCAUCCGCGCCGCGGCUCAAGGUACUGAAAAAAAAAUCGAGAAAACUCCGACGAGA